CCGGCCGGAGAGAGGCGGUGCAGGGCCGGCCUCGGCUCCUCCCGGGGGAGAAGGGGACGCUGCCGAAACGCGGCCUGGAGGGACGGCGCGCAUCGCGGAGCAGGAUGGUGAUUGCCAAAGCAUGGGUUCUAAAGAAGCAUUUUGAUGGUUUUCCCAAAACCAGUGACUUUGACCUGAAAAAGAUAGAGCUACCAAAUCUAAAGGAUGGAGAGUUGCUGCUUGAAUCAGUGUUUCUCAGUGUUGAUCCUUACAUGAGACCUUACAGUCAAAGGGACAUGAAGGAAGGUGACAUAAUGAUAGGCACGCAGGUUGCCAGGAUUGUAGAAAGCAAAAAUCCUGCUUUUGCAGUGGGGGCCUUUGUCGUGGGUAACAGCGGCUGGAGAACACAUUUUAUCUCUGAUGGGAAAGACCUGCAACUCCUUCCUUCCAACUGGCCAGAAUCACUCCCCAGAUCUCUAGCUCUUGGAACAGUUGGCAUGCCAGGCCUCACUGCAUAUUUUGGUCUGCUGGAGGUCUGCAAGAUGAAGCCAGGAGAGAUAGUGCUGGUUAAUGCUGCAGCUGGUGCUGUGGGCUCUGUGGUGGGGCAGCUCGCUAAAAUUGGGGGUUGCAAAGUGGUUGGCUGUGCUGGCUCAGAUGACAAGGUUGCCUAUCUAAAAAAAAUAGGCUUUGAUGAAGCCUUUAAUUACAAGACUGUUAAAUCUCUGGAUGAAGCACUGCGUAAAGCCUCUCCCGAUGGCUACGACUGUUUCUUUGACAAUGUGGGUGGAGAAUUUGCCAGUGUUGCUAUCAACCAGAUGAAGAAAUAUGGAAGGAUUGCAGUCUGUGGUGCCAUCUCUCAGUACAAUGACUCUGUGCCUCAGAAAGGGCCUUAUGUACAGAUUCCUAUGAUUUUCAAGGAGCUUCAAAUGGAAGGGUUUCUUGUGACCCGAUGGAAAAAUCGUCAGGAAGAAGGUGUGCAGGCCCUGCUAAAAUGGGUUGUGGAGGGAAAAGUGAAAUGCCAUGAACAAGUCACUGAAGGAUUUGAGAACAUGCCAAUGGCUUUUAUAGGAAUGCUAAAGGGAGAAAAUCUUGGAAAAGCUGUUGUGAAAGUGUGAAGAUCAGAUAUUCCUGGGAGACUGGCACAGGAGAAUGUCAUUCUGUUAAAUGCUUUUAAUUCGCUUGUCAAAUCAUAUGAUUGGUAUGCUUCAAUCAUCUUGCUGGAUGUUUGGUGAUCAUAACUUCUGUUAAUAAUUUGGCUAGUAAGUCUAAGUAUAUUCCAAUUGCUUUGUUCUUGAAGAAAUUGAGAAUUGCUUCCCUGAGCUACACAAAACAAAGUGCCUUAGAAUUGCUGAAAAUUAGAACUGUGACAGAACCUUUCUACAAGAAGACUUGUAGAAAGGAAAAUCAAUUAGAAAAUCUUUGCUAACUGAUGGCACAUUUAAUUUUUACCCAUUCAUUUGGCCCAGAACUUUGCAAGGGGGAUUUUUUUAACGCAUAUCAAGGAGCGGAGACCAAGCUAAGCUAAUAACACUUGGGGAUUCCAGCUUCCUCUCUAGCUGGCUUUUAAAAAAUAUUUUAUUAAACAGUGUAGCUAUCUCAGUUAUUCUGAGAAUAUGGAAAAGAAAAAUAAAUCUCUUUAUGUAUA